AUGUGCGCCGAGGCUGGCUGGCUCCUGAUUUUAUGUGGCGAGUAUCAAGUAGAGGAGCUUGAAGGCUUAGCUCAUUCUUUUUCAACAUUUAAAUGCACACCAUACGUUCAUGCUCAAACGUAUCGAUCGGUAAGUGCAUUUACCCCACGUGCUUGUCGAUAUUGGCGUCCUCUAGGGGAUGUGCUUGCGAGCCACAGUUUGACAACUGCCACAUCAAACAAGAAGACGAAAAUUAUUAUCAUGCAAAAGAUCCCUGAGUCAGGAGUUUAA